AUGCAGUCGACAAUGUGGAGAGCGCUGCUUCCCGUAGCAAGCACGGUAGCCAGACCAUCUGUAUUCUCAUCCAAUGGCACUCGCAUCGUAGCAGCUGCAUCUCUAGCAUCUCGAAAUUACGCUACCCAGCAGCUCGUCGAGAAUGUGAAAGCUAGAAGGGCUCAAAAGAAGGGUGUCUCAUCAAACCCAGAUGAUAUUUUCAAAAUGCCUGUUCUCGACAAAGCAGCUGAAACCCUGUUCUUCACUGAAAUCGUACGAACCAUGUGGAUUGUCAUGGAACAGAUGUGGAAGCCUCCGUAUACCAUCAACUAUCCCUUCGAGAAGGGCCCCCUAAGUCCCAGAUUUCGUGGUGAACACGUCUUGAGGCGCUAUCCUACUGGCGAGGAAAGGUGUAUUGCUUGCAAGCUAUGUGAAGCCGUAUGUCCUGCUCAAGCUAUUACUAUUGAAGCGGAACCAAGAGAAGAUGGUAGCAGACGUACUACUCGUUAUGAUAUUGAUAUGACCAAGUGUAUCUACUGUGGAUUCUGUCAAGAAGCUUGUCCCGUCGAUGCUAUCGUCGAAGGCCCCAACUUUGAAUAUGCUACAGAAACUCACGAAGAAUUGCUGUACAACAAAGAGAAAUUAUUGUCUAAUGGUGACAAGUGGGAAGUAGAGAUUGCUCGUAACUUGCAAUCUGAUCAUUUAUACCGUUAA